GGAUUCUCCUAUUGAAGGGCUUAUUCUUGGGGAGAAGUAGAGGAAUUAGGAGUUCCCAGUGUACCUUUAUGGUAGGAAGCAGAAUCAACUUUCCAAGGCAGAAAGCUCAGUCAACCCAAGUUAGAUGUAGAUCUAGCAAGCAUGGAGGAGCUCUUGGUGCUACAUGCCAUGCUGAGAAAAUUUUGGUCGCAAAUAGAGUAGAAAUCGCUGUUCGUGUAAUCCGAACAGCUCAUGAGAUGGGAAUACCAUGUGUUGCUGUUUAUUCAACAAUUGAUAAGGAUGCACUUCAUGUGAAGUUGGCUGAUGAAUCAGUUUGGAUAGGCGACGCACCUAGCAGUCAAUCGUAUUUAUUGAUUCCAAAUGUUCUAUCUGCUGCAAUUAGUCGUAACUGUACCAUGCUUCAUCCUGGAUAUGGUUUCCUUGCUGAGAAUGCAGUUUUUGUAUAAAUGUGACGAGAUCACAGGGUCAACUUUAUUGUGCCUAA